UUUUUUUUUCUCUCUCGAUUUCAGUAACCGUUUUGAUAAAGAACCAAUGUCAGUUUAGUUCAUUUCGUUUUUAUCUAUACUAAAAAAGAAAUGACGACUAAAAAUUUAAGCAACCAAACACUACAUAGCAGCCUUUAUAGUCAUCAGUCCCUUUUUGGUCAAAUCCUUCAAGCCAAUAGGACAGUAGUUGCUGCUUCAUGUGCGGCCACCUCAAGUGUUUUGUCAGGCUUUCCUUUUGACUCUGUGAAAACAAGGAUGCAAACUCAUAGUUAUGACUCUAUCAUGGCAUGUGUAAAGACUACUUACAAGGAAGAAGGUGCCCGUGGAUUUUUUAGAGGCAUCUUACCACCUCUUGUAACUGUCAGUAUGAUAAAAUCAGUCUCAUUCACUGUAUAUGAAAGUAGCAAGACCUUCUUUCGAACACAUACAAGUCUACAAGGUGAUACUCUUCGAACAAUGACCCCUUUAGCAACUAUCAGUGGUGGUUGUAGUGGUGCGUUUGUGGCUUUCCUUAGUUGUCCUUUAGAACUAGUCAAGAUACAACGGCAAUUGGAACAAGUUUUAUUAAAACAACAACAGGCAGUAGGUAACGCUGUUACGGUAGAAUCAUCUAGUUGGCGAGCAGCAAAAAAAAUAGUUCAACGAAAAGGUAUUUUUGGUCUAUGGAAUGGACUACCCUGUCAUUCUGCGAGGGAUACUCUUGGAACAGCAUUUUACUUUGGCAGUUAUGAAACAACAAAACGAUUACUCUCUGGACCAACUAAAGAAUCAGGACCAUUGACACAUUUUUUCGCUGGUGGGAUGUGUGGUGUUUUAUCAUGGUUAUUUGUAUUUCCUAUAGACUUAGUCAAAUCUGUGAUGCAAAAGGAUGUGAUGAUGACUGAACCAAAAUACAAGAAUGCGACUGAAUGUGCCAAAGAUAUUGCUCGACGUCAAGGUGUUAAAGGACUAUACCGAGGUUUGACAGUGACUCUCAUUCGUGCCUUUCCUAUCCAUAGUUUGAACUUUUUGGUAUAUGAAGAAGUACUUCGACUUAUUCCCUCCCUUUAGUUAGAUUUCUUUUUUUUUUUUUAUUAUUAUUUACCAUAUUUAAUUAGACUUAUAAUUCUUCAAUUUAG